GCUGCUGUCCGCUCUCCUCCUCUUCUCCGAGGCUUUGGCCGGAGCUCCUGCUGUAGGUGGAGCUGGCUUUCCUGGAAUUGUCGGGCAACUUUUCCUGUUGUGCUUGCUACCUCUUGCUCAAUCUCUCGCCUAAUGACAGCUCUGCCGCAGGAUUACUGGGUUUGGGAAAACUUGUGCCAUCUGGAUGCGUGCUGCACGCCGGAGUCCAUGUUUAUUGCAUUUGUUAGGAACAGAUUUUUAUAAUUUAGGUCAGAGGUAUCCCUGAAGCAAAAAUGUCACGGCAAUGCAAAGUGGGGCGAAAUCCAUCGAUAGCUGGUCAGCUUCCCUGGAUUUUGCUGGCAUUCCUUCUUUGUUUUGCGUGAAAAUGGAAACACUAGAGUCUGAGCUGACCUGCCCAAUCUGCCUAGAGCUUUUUGAAGACCCACUGCUGCUGCCCUGUGCUCACAGUCUUUGUUUCAAUUGUGCCCAUCGAAUCCUGGUCUCCCAUUGCACCCCCAGCGAGUCUAUCCAGUCUAUCAGCGCCUUCCAGUGUCCAACUUGUCGCUAUGUCAUUACUCUCAACCAGAGAGGCCUAGAGGGACUGAAACGCAACGUGACCCUGCAGAACAUCAUAGACCGCUACCAGAAAGCCUCUCUAAGCGGGCCCAACUCACCUAACGAAACUCGUCGAGAGAGGGUAAACCCAGAGAGCAAAGCCAUGACAUUACCUACUGACCGGGUGCAGUGUCAGUUCUGUGAGCAGGACCCCCCGCAGGAUGCCGUGAAGACCUGCGUUACCUGCGAGGUAUCAUACUGUGAGGAGUGCCUCAAGGCCACCCACCCAAACAAGAAGCCUUUCACUGGGCACCGGCUGAUCGAACCUCUGCUGGACUCCCAUCUCCGGGGGCUCAUGUGUUUGGAGCAUGAGGAUGAGAAGGUCAAUAUGUACUGUGUGACAGAUGAACAGUUGAUCUGCGCCUUGUGCAAGCUUGUCGGUCGACAUCGAGACCAUCAAGUGGCAGCUCUCAGUGACCGGUAUGACAAACUCAAGCAAGCAUUGGACUCCAACCUCAGCAGUCUAAUCAAGAGGACCAGUGAAUUAGAAAGCAUGAUGGGAAAACUUAUUCAAACCUGCCAAAAUGUGGAGGUAAAUGCUUCUCGGCAAGAAAACAAGCUGCAGGAAGAGUGUGACCUACUGAUUAAUAUCAUACAGCAGCGAAGACAAAUUAUAGCUACAAAGAUAAAAGAGGGAAAGGCUAUAAGGCUGAGAAAGCUUGCUCAACAGAUAGCAGGUUGCAAGCAGUGCAUCGAGAGAUCGUCCUCCCUCAUCACUCAGGCUGACCAAACCCUCAAAGAGAGCGACCACGCCCGCUUUCUUCAGACGGCUAAAAGUAUCUGUGAGAGGGUAUCUAUGGCAACAGCAUCUUCUCAGAUACUUCUACCAGAAAUUAACCUUAAUGAUGCUUUUGAUACUUUUGCUCUGGACUUCACAAGAGAAAAGAAAAUGCUUGAGAGUUUAGAUUACCUCACAGCACCAAACCCACCAGCAAUUCGUGAGGAACUUUGUACAGCUUCUUAUGACACCAUCACCGUUCAUUGGACAUCGGAUGAUGAGUUUUCUGUUAUAUCAUAUGAACUGCAGUACGCCAUCUUCACCAGCCAGUCUAAUGUUGUCAGUCUGUGUAACUCUGUUGAUAGUUGGAUGAUUGUCCCAAACAUCAAGCAAAAUCAAUACACUGUACAUGGACUCCAGUGUGGUACCAACUACAUUUUUAUAGUAAAGGCCAUAAACCAGGCUGGAAGCCGCAGCAGCGCUCCAGGGAAACUCAAAACCAACAGUCAGCCAUUUAAAUUGGACCCAAAGUCUGCUCACCGGAAGCUAAGAGUGUCCCACGACAACCUUACAGUGGAGAGAGAUGAGACAUCAUCUAAAAAGAGCCACAGUCAGGACCGCUUCUCCAGUCACAGCAGCUAUGGAGUCACUGGGAAUGUCUACAUAGACAGCGGGCGCCAUUACUGGGAAGCUCUUAUUGGAGGCAGCACAUGGUUUGCCGUAGGAAUUGCUUACAAGUCUGCACCAAGACAUGAGUGGGUGGGGAAGAACUCUGCCUCCUGGGUACUCUCCCGCUGCAACAACUCCUGGGUGGUGCGUCACAACAGCAAGGAGAUCCCCAUCGAGCCUUCACCACACCUGAGGCGCCUUGGGAUACUUCUUGAUUACGAUUCAGGGUCUCUCUCCUUCUAUGAUGCUGUUGCUUCACAGCACUUGUACACGUUUGACAUUGACUUUGUUCAACCAGUCUGCCCGGUGUUCAAUGUUUGGAAUAGAUGUUUGACGGUUCUCAGUGGACUGCCCAUUCCUGAUCAUUUAGAGAGCAUGGACUUUAACCACUAAUUAACCAGCUCGUAGACUGAUUAAAUAGCUCAAGAUGCAAAAGUAUUCAUACACUUUAAACAUCCAUGUUGCAUUUUUGUGAUGACCACAAACUACAGUUUAUUGAGGUUUCAUCUGAUAGAUACAAUGAACUACAUCAUUGAAAGGGAUGGAAAAAAAGACAUUGCAGAUAAACUUCUAAAAAGGAUAGGAGGUAAUUGUAUUUAUGUCCCUUGAAUCAUUACUUUUUAGAACCAUGUUCAUGUGAGACGUUUUCAUGGUUUACGGUUGCAGCACUUCAGCGGCAAAUAUUUCUUUCAACUUUGAGGAUAUGCUUUUACAAAAUUGUCCAAGCUGAGAAAGAGUAGAUGGAACCGCUAAUAGGUUUUCUUCUAGAAUUUGUCCCUAUGUAUCUCUAUCCUUUCCCUCAAUGAACUCUGACAAGCUUCUCUAUUCCUGCUGUUCCCACAUUUGUAUUUCCUCCUGAGUGAAAAAUGCCAAUUAUGAUGUGCAGUUUUUCCUGCACACAUUCUGUAUUUAAGACAGGAAGGGAAAUUUUUAGGUUUCACGACCUGUACAUCAUCUUUCAUAUGUUGCUCUUUUUCCUGGUAUUUUACAUCUUUGAUUUAUUUAUUUCUAAUGUCUUUUUAUCUUCAAUAUUUAGAUAAAGACAGAAUAUAAUGGGUACAAUAUCAAUAGAAUAUAAACCCCAGAUUCUGUUUAGUCUAUUCAGCUUAAAAAAAAUAUUAGCAUCUCAACAAAAUGGAUUUGUUCAAAAAAGCUGGCUUCGUCUACUGUUUUGGUUUUAAAACAUUCAAUUUGUAGUUGCAUAAUGAUUCAGAUAGGAAAUGUUAAAGCUCUAAAAAA